AUGCUGUCAGAUAUUCAACCCGAGAGCUCCAGGCUCUCGCCUUUUAUCCUAUGGCCGCUAGUAGUAAUCUCACUCGUUGUCAUCGGCCUCCUCCUUCAAAUCAUCUACAACGUAACAUUCCACCCUCUCUGCAAAUACCCAGGCCCCAAAUUAUGGGCCGCUACCCGUAUCCCCUACGCAUUGAUGGGCGCCCGCGGCCAGACGCACAAGGAGAUUCUCGCUCUCCAUCAGUACUACGACGCCGAGAUCAUCCGCGUCUCGCCUAACGAGCUCUCCUUCCAGCACCCAGACGCGAUGAAGGAGAUUAUGGGCCACCGCAAGGGCAAGACCGAAGAGAACGCCAAAGACCCGGACUUCAUCGACAAGAACCACAUGGACAUCAUCUCGGCCAACCGCGAGGACCACUCCCGCUACCGCCGCAUCCUGUCGAACGGCUUCUCCGCCAAGAGCAUGCAGGAGCAGCAGCCUAUCAUCAAGAGCUACAUUGACCUCCUGAUCGAGCGACUCCACGGUAUCUGCAGCAAGGGCCCUGUUGAUGUCGUGGCGUGGUACAACUACACCACCUUUGACAUUAUUGGUGAUCUCGCUUUUGGACAGUCUUUCGGAUGCCUUGACAAGUCUGACUACCACCCCUGGGUCAAGCUGAUUUUCACCAACAUCAAGAUGAUUUGUUAUGUCAACAUUGCCAGGGGCUUCAAGGUCCUUGAACCUAUCCUCAAGGCCUUUAUCCCCAAGGAAGUCAUGAAGAAAGGCAUGUCUCACAGGUUGUUCGUCCGUGAAAAGGUCGACCAGAGAGUAUCUCUCGGCACAUCGCGGCCUGACUUUGCGGAAACCAUGCUGAAGAAGGGAGCUCAGCCAAUGAACAUGCCAGAGAUGUACGAGAACGCAAAUGUUCUCAUCGUCGCCGGCUCCGAGACAACAGCGACAGCCCUGUCUGGCUGCACCUACCUCCUUCUCACCAACCCGGACAAGCUGGCUAAGCUGCAAAAGGAGAUCAGGACCUCGUUCCAGAACGAAGAUGAGAUUGACCUCCUCAGCACCGCCAAGCUCGAGUACCUCCACGCCGUCCUCGAGGAGACUCUGCGGUCUUACCCUCCUGUUCCCGUCGCUCUGCCGCGUAUCACGCCGCCCUCUGGACAAGAGAUUCUUGGACAAUGGAUCCCUGGAAAUGUGCGUUCCCGGAAGCACCCUCCCCCUUUCCCCUCCUCAACCAAGCUAACACUCACAUCUCCCCUCCAGACCACAAUCGGCGUCGCUCAUUGGGCCCUCUACCACAACGAAAAGAUAUUCUCUAAGCCUUUUGAAUUCCACCCGGAGCGCUGGCUCGGAGACCCGGCCUUCGCCGACGACCACCUCGAGGCCCUCAAGCCCUUCCACAUCGGGCCCCGCAACUGCCUGGGCAUGAACCUCGCCUACGCGGAGAUGAAGAUGAUUCUCGCCAAGGUCAUGUGGAACUUUGACCUCCAGCUGGCUGCCCAGAGUAAGAACUGGAUCGACCACGACGUCUACCUUCUCUACAAUAAGCCGCCACUGAUGGUGCACCUGACGCCGGCGGUUAAGGCUGCCGUGUAA